CAACGACCAAUCUUCUUCAUUCUCACAGAGUUCAAUAUCAAAGUCUUUGCUCUCUGAAACAAGCGAAAUAGAAUAAUGGCCAAGUUUGUUGCUCCUGGCCACCUGAUGAUCAAAGAAGAAAACUUGGAUCUUCACCCUAGAAAGACUGUCAAGUGGAAGAGUUCUAAGACAGAUGGAAAGAAAGGUGUUUUGGGAACUGCAGGUCGAAAAGCUCUAAAUGAUAUAACAAACAAAACAUCACUUGCUCCUGAAGCUUCAUCUAGGAAAAAGAAUUUACCCAAGGAAGAUGUUAAUGUAAAGGAGGAAAUGUUCUUGCAUGAUCACAAGAGGUGUGUUGAGGCCCAAAAAUCUGCAAUGAGAGAUUUCAAUCUUGAGACGGUUCUUCCAAAAGAUGAUUCCAUAUCUAUUCUAGAGCAGAUAAAGGUUCCUCAUUCCCCUCGAUGCUACCCCGAACCAGAAGAAUUGCCGAUGUCUGAUUUUUCUGAUUGGCUGGACUACUCAAUGCAAUGGAGCUCUCGUCCACCUUCUCCAUUACCAUGGGAAUCUCCAACAUACCCCCUUGCAUGGCAAAAUGAAGCAGUUGAAUUUGUUCUGAAGGAAGAAAUUGAUGCCCAAAUGUAA